AAGCACAAGCUUGUUCCCUACUCGAAGAAGAAGAAGAAGCAACUUCUCCUAGCACAAGUUUGUUCCGCACUCGAAAAGGAGGAAGAACUUCUCCUAGACGCAGCUCCAGUGCAUACAGAGAUGGCUUGUGUUGUGGAACCUGCUCAACAUGCUUUGAGCACCAAGUUUAUGAUCACCAAACCAGCGGCUGUUCCAUCGGACGGGGCUGAACAUAAGGUGACAAUCGGCGUGGUCGACGUCACUCCCCAGAUGAUCCAUGAGUGUGUUCCAUGUAAAAACACAAGCACUUUCUUGACUGCUUCGGCACACUCCCAUUUUUGCCAGGAGAUGCGGCUGUCUUAUCUUAAUAACAGUUUCGUUGCAAAGACCAACAUGAAGAAUGUGUCUCCAGGCGAGAGGUUCUCUUGCUCUCUUGGUGUCGAUACUGCCUUACGUGUUGAGUACAAACCAGUCAAAAAGUACCAUGAACAGGUUGGUCUCAUCAAUAAGAGCUCUUCGAACGUUCACGAGCAGGUGAUCGUUGUGAAGAAUUCACGUGCGCAGCCUGUGUUGCUCACGAUCAAAGAACAAGUUCCAAGAAGCACUGACGAAAAGAUCAAGGUGAGGCUUAUUGCUCCGGUUGUAUCCCAAACGGAAGAAGUAACGAACAAUGGAGAAGGCGACUUAACUGCUGCAGCAGAGCUGCCUAAAGAGGGAUGUCGAAUGAAGAAUGGUAUUCUUGAAUGGACUAUCGCAUUGCAAGACGGGAAGACUGCAGAACUGCAUGUGAAGUGGGCAGUUGAUCAUCCGAAGGACGAAACAGUAGAAUUCAUAGAACGCCACUGA